CCGCUAUAAACAACGCCCCGCCGUCGGCCCGUCGUUGCUCACCCACCCCUUCGCUUCCUCCUCUCUCUCUCUCUCUCGCGCGCGCGCUCAGAUCUGCGGCUGCUCGACCCCCCUUCGUCCCAUGAUCUCUGCGCCUCUGCGUGUGCCGGCGCCCAACGCCGCCGCCGUGCCUUUCUGCUCGGCCUCGCUCUCCUCCUCCGCGCCCAGGCACAGGCAAAAGCCCAAGCCCAGCACGAUCCGGUGCGCCGCGGCAGCGGCGGCCCCGCCGGCGCCCACGCUCUACGACGUCCUGGGGCUGCGCGCCGGCGCCACGGUGCGGGAGAUCAAGGCGGCCUACCGCCGCCUCGCGCGGGAGAGGCAUCCCGACGUGGCCGGCGCCGCGCCGGGGGCCGCCGCCGAAUUCGUCCGCCUCCACGACGCCUACGCCACGCUCUCCGACCCGGACAGCCGCGCGCGCUACGACCGCGUCGCCGUCGCCGUCGCGCAGCGCCCUUGCGCUUACACGCGAUGGGCGGCCGCCACGGGCUCCGGCCGCCGGCCGCGCCGCACCUGGGAGACGGACCAGUGCUGGUAGUGUAGGGGGAGACCACGGCAACCGUGCUUGUGGAUAUUAGCUUAGCUUAUACCUCUUUGCCGCCAUGGCGGCUCACCUUUGAUUUUUAGUAUCGGUGGCCAUCCAUGCUCCUUGCACUUUGUGUAAUCUUGAUGAGAAAGGAUUGCGAGCAAACAGAUUGACCUGUGUAAAUAGUUGAUUUCGAGGUUUGAAGGAACUAGCCCUGCCUCUGCUGUUCUGUUCAAUCGAAGCUCUUCUUCUCUUGUUGAUA